AUGAAUGUUGAAAAGUCAGAUGACAAAGCAAAGAAUGGCUUGAAGUCUUCCUUACUUAUAAGGGAUGAAAAUGGAAAUAACUACACAUGUGACAGAGCUACAGCCUCCUCAAAGAAUUGUACCACCAAGAUAUGCAGUAAUUCAACUGACCAAAAUACAGUGACUGAGCAUGAUGAUGAUACCAUUCUUGAAAAUAAAAGUGACUUUACAAGUAUUCUUUUAAAACAGCAGUGUGUUGAAGCACUUCAUCUGCAGAAGGCACCUGGUAAAUACAACUACACAGGAGCUCAGCUGGGAGAUGGAGGUGCUGCAUGUAAGUCUUCUGUGACUGAACAGAAUUGUGUGUAUCCUUUGAACUGUGACUUGAAAGAAGCAACAAGCUUACUGGAAGGUAACAUUGCUAUGGCAAAAAUGCAAAAUCAGAGUAUGGAACAAUUGGUGCCUUACAGUCAGACUGAUGCGAAGUGUGUAUUACCACUUCCUGCUUCAGAGCAGAACACACAGUCCCCGAUAAAGGAGAGGGCACGAUGCCACCUGAGCACAUUGGAUGUUACGAAUGUUAUCAGUGAAACUCUGGGAACUGAUCAAAAUGAUGACAUGCAUCUGAGGGAAAUGCUAGUUUCUUCUGAAGUAUGUACAAGAGAGAAAUUUGAUAGAACCGGCUCAGAAAGAACACCUAAUUUCUCUUCUACAGUAGUGAUUUCAGAAAGCCCAGAUGCCUAUUCUGAACUUGAAGCAUAUUGUCCUGUCUCUGCAGGUGUCGAACACUAUCUAAAAAGCACUAACAAGGCUGAUCAAGAAUCACAGGAAACAGAAGCACAGUCUGUAAAACUAGCUGCUAGAUGUAUAGAUCCUUAUAGGCAGGAUGCAUUAUCACCAUGCAUUAAUAUUAAUGAACAUGACCAAGUGAAAUCCUUGCAGGAUACCCCUGACCAUCAUGAAACUGGGAAUUCCGAUGCUGAAACAUGCAUGGAUAUUUCUGUAAAUAAUGUGCACCUUCUCCCAGAAGAUCAAAUGGAUGGAGAACAAGUAUCAGAAAAAACCAGUGAACCCCUAACCAAAGAACAAAGCACCUCUGGAAGUGCUGCUCUUCAGGAUAUGCACAACACCACUUUCAUAUCUCGCAGUGUACCAAAAUUAAAGAGGACUGUUAUGCCUGACCUGAAGUGCGAAGCAACUUUUGUGGUCUUCAGUCCUAUGACUGACGAAAUCGAUUCUACUCUAUGUACUUCAACCCCUAAAGAGCGAUCAAAAAAUACAACUUUUUCUGUUUCAGCUUUGCCAGAACUUGGAGACAAGUCUCCUAAACCAAGACCAAACAAGGUGUUUGUAGGAGGGCAUAAUAGAAGGCCUUUGCUUAAAGCUAGUUCAGGUCAAACUGCAGGAAAACCAGUGGGCAGGUCUCCUGUUGUGUCAACAAUAACCAAAGCAAAGAAAUCCGAGAUUGUUAGUUUUCCCAAACCUAAUUUCAAAAAUGUUAAGCCAAAGGUUAUGUCUAGGCCUGUGCUACAGUCGAGAGACAGUGCAGGAUCAAAACAGUCUCCCCAGUCCCCCCAACUAUCAGCUGCUUCCCCAUCUUCACUGGUUGCUUCCCCGAGGCAAUUGUCCCCAUCUAUAAAAGUGCUGCAAAAGAAAAUAGAUCUAGCUAAAGACACUAAAGCAGAAUUGCCUGCGAAUAAGCCCCAUAAGCUACAUCUUAACAAACACCUCUUCACUAGCCAAGUUGUACAUGCCACAACACAUCCCAGAAACGCUUCCCACAAGGCUUCAAAGACACCUGCGCUAAAGCAGAAUCCGGAAGACGUUGGCAAAGCAAGCUCGACCCAUUCGGCAUGCUCUUCGGUUUCUGCUGUGCUUCCAAUGUGUGUGGAGAACUCGAAAGAGAUGCUGAAUGAUAAAAUGGAAAGUUCAACCUCUUUAAUGCAGCCCUGUGCUCAAAACAUCUACCCGACCGGAGGCGAGAAGGAACAAACCAACAACACGGGAAUCCUUCUGGAAGCCACCUUGUUAAAAGAUGUGGCAAAGGAAGCAUUGGACCUGCACUCAGUUCCUUUGAUGCCUUCUGUGAAAGAUGGGACGACACAAGGGAAAAACAUACUGAAGAAAGACCCAAUCACACUACAAAGUGUAUCAGCUCCCAAGAUUAAAAUGGUGCCGUCUGUGUUGCCCUUGAAGAAAGGGUGUGAAAAUAAAACUGGCAGCACAAUUAAAGCAUCUUCUCACAAAGGAGCUGUUCUGUCAUCAAGCUCUGGUACAGGAUCUUUGCCAAGAGAGAAGCCUGCCUCCAUGAAAAAUUCCCCAGCCUCCUGGGCUAGCUCUGGUAAACCGCUUGCCAAAUUCAAAGUGCCUGUCAAAAGAUCAGGGCUUGAGAGAACACCUAGCAUCUCGUCCAUCAGCAGCACUCAGAGUGAGCGAAGUCUUUUCAGCAGUAAUUCUGCAAGUGCCACAGUCAUCAUCAAGAAUGGAGAAUGGCCUUCAAAACCAGCCUGCCAGAAUGGUACUUCAGGAUCUGUCCCUUUGAAACCAGUACCGAGACCUAGGUUACACUCACUGAAGUCAACUCCGAAAGGAGCCAAGGCCAGGUCUGCUUCACUGAACCAGUGCAUACCAAAAUCAUGUGGGCCACUGAACUCAACAAGGAAAGUCAGUGAGGCUAGAGGUAUUCCUGGAAGAAAUGGACACCAAAGCCUAUCUUGUUUGGGUUCUGUUGACAAGGGCAAGCAGCGGAGUCCCAAGAGCUCCUGUAUACAGGCUCAAGCCUCCACAGACGUUCGUUCGCCUGGCACAAAAACAGCCGAGCUGACACAGUACAAAUCAAAAUGUGAGACCCAAAAUGGAAUCAUCCUGCAGCUGAAGAAGUUCCUGACAAGCAGUAACCAGAAGUUUGAAGCGUUAACGGUUGUGAUCCAGCACCUGCAGUCUGAGAGGGAGGAAGCACUGAAGCAGCGUAAAGAGUUAUCUCAAGAACUAGUUAACCUUCGUGGAGAACUAGUAACCACUUCUGCAGCUUGUGAGAAAUUGGAGAGAGACAGGAACGAACUGCAGGUUGCUUAUGAAGGGUUUUUGCAGAAGUUAAACCAGCAGCAUCACAAUGAUUUAGCUGAGCUGGAGGAGAGGCUUAAACAGUUUUACACUGCAGAAUGUGAGAAACUCCAAAGUAUCUGCAUUGAAGAAGCUGAAAAGUACAAAGCACAACUCCAGGAGCAGGUGGACAACUUAAAUAUCACACAUGAAAACUUUAAGCUGGAACUUGAAAACAGCCACUCAGAAAAAGUAGAGGAGCUGAAAAAGGAGUAUGAAUCCUCUUUUUCAGAGCUCAAGAGUGCCCACGAAUCUGAAAGGAAGUCGCUUGAAGAUUCCUUUAAAGAGAAGCAAGAGUUGCUGGAGAAAAAAAUCGAUGAAUUAAAAUGUGAAAACGAUUCUCUGAGUGAGAAGUUGAAAUUAGAAGAGCAAAAACAAAUAGCCAAAGAAAAAGCCAAUCUUAAAAACCCGCAGAUUAUGUAUCUGGAACAGGAGCUGGAAAGUUUGAAAGCAGUGCUGGAGAUCAAGAAUGAGAAACUCCAUCAGCAGGACGUGAAGCUCAUGAAGAUGGAAAAACUGCUGGAGAACAACACGAUCUUAAUGGAUAAAUUAAAGAAGAUUCAGCAAGAAAAUGAAGAAUUAAAAGCUCGGAUGGACAAACACAUGGAGCUUUCAAGGCAACUGUCUACGGAGCAAGCUGUUUUACAGGAGUCGCUAGAGAAAGAAUCAAAAGUAAACAAACGCCUGUCAAUGGAAAAUGAAGAACUUCUGUGGAAGUUGCACAAUGGCGACCUGUGCAGCCCACGAAAACUGUCUCCCAGUUCUCCAUCUGUGCCUCUUCAGUCCCCACGAAAUUCUGGUAACUUCUCUAGUCCCACAGUAUCACCGAGAUGACAUCUCUUGAGAGAAAGCGGGGAUUGCAUUUCAUUUGUGAUCUGCAGAACCGACCCUAACUUUUCAUCACAGGAGCAAGAGCUAUAUUAGCUGACUAUGAUGACUAAACAUAACUGGAAACUAUUUGGUGCAAAAACGGCGAUAAGAGACUGAGAAUAUGGGAGUAGGACACUCAUGUUGCUCCUCCCAAAAAGACUUUGUUUAUGACCUCUACGGACAUUGCUGCACAAAGCACUUACAGAGCAAGGAAAGACUUGUUCAUUGCCUUUUCACCCAACUAUAAGAAAAAGCUCAGGGGCUUAGAGAUAAAGAUCACAACCUUUAUAAUAUGUUCCUUAUCACCGACACUUUUUUAAGGCCGUGUGUGUGCGUGUGUGCUGUGGAUGGAAUGGAUGUAACACACUGUGCGUGUGUCUAAAUGCUGCCUUCUUUGCUGUGUACGUAAUAAAGGAUAAAAGCUAAAGACUA